AUGUUUGUUCAAUGCAACGUUUCAGAGAUUCAACAACUAUCAAAACUGUACCGUAGAGUGAUUUCAACUACAAAAACUGACUUGCACAACUUGGUUAGUGCAAAGUAUCGAGAUUUGAUCAAAAUUGCUGAAGACAUAAGUGAUAUAAACCAGAAAACUUUGCAUAUCGAUACCAAUUUGCAAGAGUUGUCAUCCAAACCUUCAACAUUUGUUUCCCCAUAUAACAACCAAUACCACAUGUUUGACACAAUUGUUCGUCGUCAAUAUGCCAAAACUGCCCAGCUAAAUUCAAGACAUAUAAUAGUCAAAAAUUUGUUAAAGAACAAACUUGGCAAACUCAAAAACACAAUCGCUUCGGGAUUUUCAAGCCCCAUUUUAUAUACAUCCAGCCUCAUACAUUUUGUCAAGUUACUCUACACAAUCGAAGUAGUCUUCCAAGAUGUAUUACAAUCCAAAAAAGAAAAAGAUUUGAAAUCUCAAGUAGAGAGUAUAAAAGGUAAUUUGAAGACUUAUCUCGAGUUUGAAAUUUCUGCCUACAACGUUUCAGAAUCAAUAUUCACGUCAAGUGAUAAAUUCAAUACAAAGCAAAGAACUAUACAGGACAAUUUCAUUUUGAAAACCAGUUUGCUGGACCUUAGCAGCUUAGUGGAUGAGAUGGAGGAUGCAAGCUUGGAGACAUAUGAUGAUGCUGACGAUGACAGUAUCGAAAAGGGCAAUAAUUUCGAUGAUGAUUUACAUACUACGAACGAUAGUGUAGGCAAAAACUCCCUGGCACUAUGCAACUAUCUUGUUUCUUAUACCAUGUUGAUGUCCAUAACUGAUUCAGAAGAGGUAAAGCAUUGCUUUUUUGAGUUGCGCAUAAAGUACUUGCUCAAUGCUCUUAUUGGCACAAAUGGAGAUUUGGUCAAUCAAUACCAAGUGCUAAAAUACUUGGAAAACACAUGUUUGUACAUUGAAACUUACUUUGAUAACGGAUCAAGUGACUAUUAUAAAACACUUCAGGCUCUUAAUGUGCCCUGGGCUGCUACCGCCGUGCUUAGCUAUAGAGACUGGUACGAAGAUGCGGUAGUAAAGCUAAAAGCUGUGACGAAUGCUAACUCAAUUACUGAGAAAAGUACAGAAGGAUUGUUUGAAAGAGUAUCUGAAACUGUAAGCAACAUAAUAAACUUUGCCGGAGCUGGUACAGAGGGUGAUGAUACAAACAAAACAUUACCUUCUUGCAUAAUUAUCUUUAUCAGAUUCAUAACUAGUCUACGGAGAAUAAAGGAAACUUCUAGUGUUUUAGGAAAAAAUUCGAAAAUUGUGCAAAUUACAUCCAAACACAAUACAGUACUGAGGUUAUUUUCAAACUUGACGGCUGUCAUUAAAGAAUGUCUCCAAAAACAUUUGGCAAGAUUAAACUCCGAGAAUGGGAUAUGGGGAACAGUGCAGGGUCAUCUAGAGUCAUGCGGAACUAGUACCGAUACUUUGGAACCUCUUGAUUUCCGACCAGAAACAGUUAAUUUAAUGGAUUAUGACAUUGAUACUUAUAUGGAACAAACCAUUGCUAAGAAGGGUAGUCAAAGAGGAUCUAACAACUCAUCAACUGAUGCAAUUUGGGCACUACGAGAUUGGUUGGCUUGUUUUGACAAUUUGAAACAGAUUAUUGCUCUUGUGGAUGCUGCCCCUACUACUAAUGCCGAUACUGAUAAUGCUCCCGCUGAGGUCGACUUUGUUCCAACCACGGAUAUAUACCAUGCCCUUUUGCCUUUAUGUCAAACUUUGAAAAAGGAAAACUUGAAAUGGGGAGACUUUUCGGCGUCUGUAAUCGAGGAAAACUUUAGAUCAAUGACCAAAGAUGUGGAGACAUCCUUAAAGAGAGAGAUGAUCAGAUUUGUAACCAACAUAAGCAAUUUAGAGAACAAUAGGGAUAACAUCGAUCAACUAAUUCAAUAUGUGGGACUUUUAACCAGCUUAAAGCUGGCAUCAGCAUCGAUAUCUAAUAUAGAUAUUGUGGAUAAAAUUGACUCUGUUUGUGAGAGUACUUAUUCUAAGAUUAUGGACAAAAUAUCUGAAAAAAGAUUAGACGUAAUAAUUGAGUUGGCGGUUAUCAAGGCAUUAGAAAUUGACAAUAGUGCUGAUACACCAACUCGUCCAAUUUUGAGUCUAGCACUGGAGAUUUUCCUGUUUGCUCAGGAGCUUUUGAAAUUUGCCCGUGUUUUACGAAGCAGCGAUGCUGAACUAUUUUCAAAAACUAGUACCUUGAAUAUUUUUGUCACUGUGAAGAAUAACUGGUUAAAAGAACAAUUAUUUAACAACAAACUUGAAAAAGCUUUAAAGAAGCUCUCACUGGAGAAGGACAAAAUGAACAGAGACAAAGAUGAUGGUUCCAAUGUAAUAGCCAUCAACAACGAUUUGCCAAAUAAAUUAGCACCCCUGAAAGCCCUUCAAUUAUUAGCCAAUUUACACUAUUUGUCGCUUUUCUACUCGACUGAACCUUUGGACUUGCAUGCACAAUCCGAGUUGAUUUUGGGGCUCUGUGAUGAGGAAGAAGUAGGAAAUAGUAAACUAGAGGCAAUGCGUACAGGGGUAGAAGCAUUUUACAAAUCAAGAAAAAAUUUGUACUUACCGCUACUGCUACUGCUAUAA